UCUAUGAACACUCUUUUCCUUCACCAGUAUGAGCACUGAUCAUGUCCUCUAGGGUUUAGUUUCCUUCAUGGGAGCAAUGAGAAAAGAAAAACUCUCAACUGACUUGAUUGCGUUCUUUGCUCUGUUGGUCAUCGUCUUCACCGGUGAAAUUGAGACAAGAUCACUUCAGCAAAUUUGUUCUUCUUCGUGUGGAGAUAUUCGAAUCAUCUCUUAUCCUUUUCGAUUAAAGGGCGAUCCAGCUGGGUGUGGUGAUUCAGAUUAUGAACUUUCUUGUGAGAACAACAGAACAAUCAUGGAAUUUAACUCAGCCAAGUACUAUGUAAAGCGAAUUUUGUAUGAAAUGCGAGAAAUUCGCAUUGUUGAUGUCAACUUUGCCAAUGGAACUUGCAAUCUGCCAUACAAAUCUCUGACAGGUGAUGAUUUACAUAAUGAUAUUCGUUACAGAGGAUUUACGAUUCAUCAAACGUUUGCCAGUUUCAUGAACUGUUCGACGAUCAUCAGUGAUCCAGCUUAUCCGAGACUUCCCUGUUUGGGUGGAAACACAUCAAGUGUUUACGUAUUGUAUGAUCGCAUAGGAGACUCAAAUCUUCCUCUGGGUUGCUACUUUAUUUCAAUGAUUCCUAUAGAUUAUAAUUCGAGUUUGCCAAAAAACCCUUCCUAUGAAGCUGUUUUGAAUUUGCUGGAGUCAGGAUUUAAUUUGGGAUGGUCAGUUGAGUGCCGAGAUUGUUUGCUGUCCAAUUCUUCAUGUCUAUCUAGUGGAUUGGAUCGCCCUUAUAAAUAUGAUUGCUAUGAACCCGGUUAGUUGUGCUGAAUUAUCGUAACUGUUUGUUCUUCGGCUUCUACAAUGUUUUUGUUAAUCUUAAUGUUUCAUGUAGAUAGGACCAUCCCCAGAUGGCUUAUUAUCUUCUCCAGUGUUGGGAUCGCUUUAAUUGUCCUAGGUAGGUUUAUUGCUCCUGUGAUAAUCAUACUUGUCUUCCUAACCCUCAAAUAUCGAAAAGAACGAAAGCCAGUUGAUAAUGUGGAGAUGUUUUUACGCAAUCAUCAGUCCUUAAUGCCCAAAAGGUACUCUUAUGCUGAUCUAAUUGCAAUGACAAGCCACUUUAGAGACAAACUGGGGCAAGGUGGCUUUGGGUCAGUAUACAA